AUGGGAAUGUGGGGGUUCCUGAGAACACACCAGGGGAACCAGUACCCAGAGGGGAACCGGUACCCAGAGGGGAACCGGUACCCAGAGGGGAACCAGUACCCAGAGGGGAACCAGAACAAAGAGGGGAACCGGUACCCAGAGGGAACCAGUACCCAGAGGGGAACCAGAACCAAGAGGGGAACCGGUACCCAGAGGGAACCAGUACCCAGAGGGGAACCAGAACCAAGAGGACCCGGUACCCAGAGGGAACCAGUACCCAGAGGGGAACCAGAACCAAGAGGGGAACCGGUACCCAGAGGGAACCAGUACCCAGAGGGGAACCAGAACCAAGAGGGGACACCGGUCACACAGAGGAACCAGUACCCAGAGGGGAACCAGAACCCAAGAGGGAAAACCGUAACCCAGAGGGAAACAGUACCCAGAGGAGGAACCGUACACAAGAACCAGUACCCAGAGGGGAACCAGAACCAAGAGGGGAACCGGUACCCAGAGGGAACCAUACCCAGAUGGGAACCAGGUAAACAGAGCGAACCGUUACCCAAGAGGCGGAACGUACACAGGAGGGAACAGUACCCAGGGGAAACCGGUACACAGAGAGGAACAGUACCCAGAGGGGAAACCGGUACCACAGCAGGGAAACCGCGUAAACCCAGAGGGGAACAGUACCCACGAGGCGGACACCAGUACCCAGAGGAAACCCAGUACAUGAGGGAACCAGUACCCAGAGGGGAACCGGUACACAGAGGGGAACCAGUACCCAGAGGGAACCAGUACACAGAGGGGAACCAGUACCCAGAGGGAACCCAAGGGAACCAGUACCCAGAGGGGAACCGGUACACAGAGGGAACCAGUACCCAGAGGGGAACGGUACAACAGCAGCGGAACCAGUACCCAGAGGGGAACCAGUACCCAGAGGGGAACGAGUACCCAGAGGGAACCAGUACCCAGAGGGGAACCAGAACCAAGAGGGGAACCGGUACCCAGAGGGAACCAGUACCCAGAGGGGAACCAGAACCAAGAGGGGAACCGGUACCCAGAGGGAACCAGUACCCAGAGGAACCAGAACCAAGCAGGGGAACCGGCUACCCAGAGGCGGCAACAGUACCCAGAGGGGAACCAGAACCAAGAGGGGAACCGGUACCCAGAGGGAACCAGUACCCAGAGGGGAACCAGAACCAAGAGGGGAACCGGUACACAGAGGGAACCAGUACCCAGAGGGGAACCAGAACCAAGAGGGGAACCGGUACCCAGAGGGAACCAGUACCCAGAGGGGAACCGGUACACAGAGGGAACCAGUACCCAGAGGGGAACCGGUACCCAGAGGGAACCAGUACCCAGAGGGGAACCGGUAAACAGAGGGAACCAGUACCCAGAGGGGAACCGGUACACAGAGGGAACCAGUACCCAGAGGGGAACCGGUACACAGAGAGAACCAGUACCCAGAGGGGAACCGGUACACAGAGGGAACCGCUACCCAGAGGGGAACCAGUACCCAGAGGGGAACAGUACCAGAGGGAAAACCAUACCCAGAGGGAACCAGUACCAGAGGGGAACCCGGCUUUACCACAGAGGAACCAGCUACCCAGAGGGAACCAGUACACAGAGGGGAACCAGUACCAGAGGAACCAUACCCAGAGGGAACCAGUACCCAGCAGGAACCAGUUUUACACAGAGGGGAACCAGUACCCAGAGGGGAACCGGUACAGAGAGGGGAACCAGUACCCAGAGGGGAACCGGUACCAGAGGGAAAACCAGCUAACCCAGAGGGGAAACCGCGUACACAGAGGGAACAGUUACCCAGAGGGGGAACGGUACACCAGAGGGAACCAGUACUCCAGAGGGAACCGGUACACCAGAGGCGAAACCAGUAACCCAGAGGGGAACCGGUACCCAGAGGGAACCAGUACCCAGAGGGGAACCGGCCACUAA